UAUCGCAGCUGGCAGCGUAUCGAUCUGUACCGAUCUGUAUACGCAUCGCAUUGCCUUGCGUGCGCCAUGCAAGAAUGCCACACGCCUAGUUAAGCCACUGCUGGUGCACGCGAGGGAACAUGCCAUGGCCACGCCGCCAGCCAAUUAGCAUGGAGGGGUUACAUCUAUCGGGUCGGGACUCCACCCACUCGGUGCUGCUUUCCUCCGCAUGCAUGCUUACUUCUUCACUCUCCCAUCCUGCCAGGCCGAUAUCACCAGCUGGGCUCACCCCGACAUCACCACCGAUAACGGCUACACGCUGCCUGACAAGCCCAUCACCGUUUUCUACCGCCAGCUGAGCUCCGGAACCACCGCCGUCAUCACCGCCUACCUCACAGCGGCGUGCACGAGUUGGCGCCUGGGCUCCGGCAGCCUGCUCACCAGCUGGCCCUCCGCCUUCAAGCCGACCACCAGCAGCUCCAACAUGUCUAACAGUGUGGAAGCAACGCCCUGGUCCAUCGGCUACAUGGACGCAGCCAACGGCCAUGAGCUGAACCUUCUGGAGGUGGCUGUCAAGAACAAGGCCGGCAACUUCGUCACGUCGCAGACGGGCGACAUUCCUGGCGCCGCUACCGCACUCUUCAAGUCCGACGCCUGGCCCAAGAGCCCCACGCAGUCCUUCUCCUCCGUGUCAGUGCUAAACCAGCCCGGCACCUCCACCUUCCCCAUCGUGGCAAUGCCUUUCAUGUUCGUACGAACCGACCUCACAAGCCGUGGCGACUCGGGAACCCUGCUGCUCGCCUUCCUAAACUUCAUGCUUGACAGCUACGCACAAGACACCAUCGCGUCCGCGGUGGGCUUCUCCGCGCUGCCGGCGGAGGUACGGCAGUACGCCAAGGAGCGUGCCGUACCGCUGCUGCAGGUGGACACGCGCGCCAAAUCGUGGACGUUUGAAAGCGGUUCGGUACUGCCCGCGGGCAAGGGCAGCGCAGAUUACGUGAUCAGCUCAUUCGCGGGCAGCUACGAGAACGUUAACUCGCAGGCCUUUGCGGACUUCUACCAGGCCUACAGCCUGCAGCAAAACCAGAAGAACGCAGCUGCUGCGAAUACGACAGCCGGUAACGGCACCUCUGCCAACUCCACAAGCCUGGCUGACGUCCCCGCCAACCUCAAGGACAAACUAGACAAAAUGGAAAGCAAGAUUGCGAUCUUGGAGGCGAUCACCAUCACAGCCAUUGUCUUCGGCGUCGUGGGUUUGACGCUGGGCAUAUUCGUCUCGUGUCGUAUGUUCGUACACGCGUCCAUUUGGGGUAAUCAGGGAGUGAGUCCGCUGCUGCAAGCGGGGUCUCUGACAGGGAACAGCAGCGUUCGGCGCUCAAAGUCGGCGCUCAGUGAGGGCUCUUUUGCUUGAGGGAUGUACGUGUUCGUUGCUUUAAUUGAUAUCCAGAAGUUGUGAAUGAACGUGGAGUGCACGGCGUGGUAUGUGUGGAGUGAACGCUAAAGGCAGGUUGUUGACUGAUGUGAACAACGCACUGUAGUGCAGCUUUGUUAUCGCGCAUGAUUGCAGUGAUUAACUGGCCUGGUCGGUUAGCAGCUGAUGGUGACGAAACAACUCAUGGGACAUUAGGCUGCGCUUUCAAACGCAUGUUUUCGGAACUGAAGGUGUGGCUAUGUGAUGCGCCAUAGCGGUUCAUUCUUUGGCAAGCAAUGUAUCUGGGUGCCUUCAUGCGUGCAGCAGGUUGGCACUUGCACUGCUGUUCAUGUGAGGGACUAGUAGUGCCAUAGGUACUGGUA